AUGUCAUCUCGAGGAACCCCUGCUAGGAUGUCAAUCAUCAUUGACUUGACAUCCGAUGACAUUGAUUCACAUGCCUCGGAGAUAAUAGACCUGACCUCGCUGGAUGAGCCAGAUACUUCCAGCAACAGCCUACUUGAGUCAAAAGUGAAGGUGGAAUACGAGUCUUCCACCCUGGCUGGGUCGACUCCAAAUGACUCUGGCGAGUCCAGCCCGAAGACCAUACGGGAUGAUGAUACCACCCUGACAGAGUCGAACCAUACUGAGGGCACCGAGCUCAGCCCCAGAAAUCCGCAGGACGAAAGUAACAUCUCAUCAGAGGAUGACUUGACCAUAAGCAGCAUACUGGCCCGCAGUAAGAAGCGCAAGCAUGUUUCUGAUGAGACUGGCGGCUCCCAAACCAAAUCUAGUGGUUCUUACAUUCCUUUAACACGUGAAGCCCUCGGCUCCCUUGUCGGUUCCCAGCCCCUGAAGCCUGACCUCGACAAUUUCUGGUCCGUCCGCAAGCCUCUUGUCAACGAGCCCGAUCCCCCAAAACCCCAACAGAACGAAGACGUGGAAGCUCAAAAUGGUGUGCAAACGGCUGGAAAUACUAACCCCCAAAUUCUCAACAUCGUCAGGGAAGAGGUAUUUGGUCCAGAAAAGAAAAAGAAGAGAAAGCACCGCAGCGAUAUAAAGAGCUCCCAGAAGAAGCCAGCGCAUCAGUUGAAUCAAGUUGAUGGGCAAGUUUUCUCAAAGUCUGCUCCCUUGCGAGCGGUCUCCGAAAGCCCGGUGAACAAAACCAGAGAAUCUGGGCACGGAAAGUCGUCCAAGGCCCAAGAGAAAUUCGAGACACAGCGUCCUCAGGAGAUCCGCGAGCCCAGCGGCCGAGAAGGAACUCCUAAUCGACUCUGCUCUCAAAAUGCUGGUCCCAUCACUACCAGUGGCAAGGAAGUUACUGCCGAUAGAGGUCUAGAUGACGGGUGUGGGAUCAAUGUUGCCGAGAGAUGCCCUUCCGUGGGCGACAUGCCCACGCAUACAUCCAAGAGCUCUGCGAGAUACCGACCAGGUGGCUUCCAGCGCAAUCGCCAAGGGCCAGCUUCAGCUCGCGAGAGGACACUUAAGAAACAAGCUGCGCGGGCUAUGAAGAGGCGACAUGAUGUGGACCACGCUCGAUCUAGUAAGCAUCAGGGAAAGAAGAAGUAUCUGAUGGCAGCUCAAGAUGAGCAGGGGAAUUGGGGCCCCAGUGGCUUUCAACCCGUCAGAACAGCAUCUCAGCUCAGCUUAAAGAACAAUCCUGAUCAGACAGCGCCAUAUGACCAAGACGAGGAUAUUGAAGAAACUCAUGGUGGGCUCAAUGACCUCGAAAUCGGUACCACGCCAUCACGACAGUCAUUGGAGAGCAAUGCUGGCCAGAAAGCGCCUGCGUAUCGAAAGGAACAUUACCCUGAAGAUCGUGAGCUCCCAAAACUUGGGAUGCGGGAGUCUCAACAGGCGUACGACAAGUAUGACCAACAAGAGCAACGUAAUGCCCAGUCAAAGCUCAACACUGCCCAACCAGCCGACCACCGCAAACAAUUCCAGCAGCCAAGAGACUCCGAAACUCACAGGGAGGCCCUCAAGGAAGCAGAAGCCUUUUUCAAGGAUCGGUUUUCACAGCUAGCACAGAAGCGCCAGACCAUCCUGGUCGACUCUGUGCCUGCUAAUUUGGGCAAGCCCAGUUAUGCGGAUCGCCGCCUCAUGGCACUGAAAAACACUGGAAAGGGAUUUGGUCCCAAACGCCAGGAUUCACUCAAGAGGGCUGCGGAGAAGAGGGUCAUAUACCGUCAGAAAGCCAUCGAUGCAAAGCGGCUGGCACUCGAGGCAGAAGCGAGCCACGAGUUCCCGAACGAGUCCAAGGAAAACAAAGAGCGCCGCAUCGAGGCUGGGUUGGCCCCGCUGCGAGAGAGGUUCAGGAGAAACGAUCAAAAGCGACAGGCGCAGAAGUCACACGGCCUUCUGACAGUCGAGUUCCUUGAAGAAGAUGGGGGUACAACAGGUGAUCAAAUCGAACGGCCUUCAGCGCUUGCUCCAAAGAGAAAGCAGCGCGGGAUCCCCGUCAUGGAGGCCCUUGAGCCUGGCGCUACGAUAAUGCUGUAUGCCGUGUACAUCAGCGACCCCGUCGACAAGGGAAAAGACUUCGACAGCUAUGAUCUGAAGCGCCUGGCUGAUCAAUUCCUCAAGAAGGAAGAUGCCAACAAGCAUGCUGAGGCGGUCCUCAGGAACGACCGCCUGCAUGAUUCGCACCUCGUUUCCAUCCAGUUCCGUGUUGGCCCUGAAGAUGGUCUGUUCUUUGGAUCGAAGGAGCUGGCUGAUGGAAAGAUAGUCAUGUGUAUGGUGCAGGGGGAGAGGCAUAUGUCUAGCGAGCUGAAUCUUCGCAAUGUUUUCGUGGAGGAGAAGCUUAAGGAGGUAUACCGCCCCCGUUUCGAUGUAUUCUACACGACCGUCACUCCGAAGGUCUUCCUCAAGAAAGAAGACGCCAGCACGGAUGGGGAAAAGGAAAAGGAAAAGGGGUCGGAGGAGAAGACUCCCAUCGCGGCUGCGGGAAAGGAGACAGAGUCAGCCGAUAAGGAGAAUGUGGAUGAAGACAGCAACAGUCUUUUCUCUGCCCCUCCAACCCCCGAGCCUAAGGCUGCUCAAGACGAGAAACGCGAGAGCGAUAAUGAGGACAGCGACACCGAUUCCGUUGCAACCGACGUCACAUUGGAGCCUUCUGAGCCCGGCGGAAAUCUGGGGUUGCUUUCCUGGAAUGACGUCGAAUACUUGCACGAGCAUAUGGGCGCCUUCACUACACUGGAACUUGCCAACCAGGAAGCCAUCGAAGUGGCUCGUGAGCUAUGGCGGCCAAAAGGCAACCGAAUGGACCCAUGGCUUUAUUACAGAAACUCCAUCGAGCCGAGCCUCCGGGAGGUUAGGGCGAUGAAUCUCGACCUAGAAGCGGCCGAGCUUGAAUUCGAAGUCCCAGCGUAUGAGGGUCAUGUUGACGAGAGACCAUGGCCUUUUAUUUACUCCACAGUAAUUGUGAAGGAGACAAGACUAGAGGGACCGAGGGACGUCGGCAACUAUAUCGUGACGGACAACGGUGUGGAGAGCGGCGAGGAGGAUGAGGAGCACGGUGACUAG